ACAAAAACCACCCCACUUCUUCAUUUUCCCUCUGUCAGAACAAAUGGCCAAACCCAGCAAUCUGAAACAGAGACCAAACCAUUUUACCUUUUAGUUAAGCAUAGUCACACUAGUCUUGAUUCGUAACUCCAAACCCACAUUUCAAACUUCUCCACUGAGCCAUGGCUGCAGCUCUAGAGUGCUGGUCGAGCAGAGCUAGUACCGAUGAGGACAUGGUAGAACAAGUCCUGAUGCGAACUCAAGACAGAUCAGAAACCACGUUGAAUAGUGGAAGUUUCUCUUCUUCAUCUUCAAAUCUUACAAUCAAAGACCCAUCAUCCUCUGCGAUGCAGAAGCGGUUUCAGAAACUCAGUCGAAAUGUGUCGGAGGCGAUUGCUUCGCUUAAGAACUCACUGAAUCUUGACUCACCCCGCGACUCGCAAGUACAGGUCCUCCAGCAGCAGCAGCAGCAGCAACUACCGCAACUGAAUAAUAAUGCCGCUAAGAUUGAAAGCUGCAGAAAGGUCGUGUGGGCUAGUGUUGUAAGGAACUUAACGCAGCUGUACCCAGGUAGCCAGUUGCCGGAGAAGCUCGUCUGCAAUAUUAGGAAGCAUUACGAUUCUUUGCCUCUCAGUUAUGCGCAGGCCGAAUUUGAUAUGAAAGAUGUGUUUCUACACAUAAAGUUGAUCGAGCAGGCAUCUGUGGAUGAGCAACCAGCAAUAAUGAUACAGGAAGUAUCUGAAGAUGAUAAUACACAAGGUUCUGUAUUCAAGCUCACUUUUGCUUGUAACUCUUCAAUUUCUUGGCCGGCAAUGUCUGGUGCAUUGGAUAGUGCUUCCAUUUGCUGUAAAAAGAUUCAGAUCUUUGAAAAGAAGGGUUUUACUCUUGGGGUUGUCCUUGUUUUAAUUCAAGCUGGCCAAGAGAAAUUGUUCAAAACCCGGAUUGAAAGUGCUUUAAAAUCUGCUAUAAAGAAGCCUAAACAAACUACAGUGAAGCUUCCAUUUGGACUUUGCGGGUGCCAAGAAGAGAAUACUAGAGGGAGAGAUUUUGGUGAAAUUGAAGAGGAUGUGAAUGAACAGAAUUACAGGAAUGGCAAUGAGAAUUUGAAUGUUAAAAUUCAGCUUGAGAUGCCCUUGCCCACUUCAUCAUUUAUUGUAUCAGUUGAUGAAUGGCAAACGAUUCAGUCAGGUGGAGAUGAGAUUGGGAAAUGGCUUUUGAACUCUGAUAAUCUUGAGUUUAUUGAUCAGAUUGGACCCAAUUCUUUUAAGGGUAUCUACAAGGGCAAAAGGGUUGGAAUUGAGAAGCUCAAAGGAUGUGACAAAGGGAAUAGUUAUGAGUUUGAGCUCAGGAAAGACCUAUUGGUGUUAAUGACUUGUGGACAUAAAAGUGUCCUGCAAUUUUAUGGUGUUUGUGUUGAUGAAAAUCAUGGCUUAUGUGUGGUUACCAAAUUGAUGGAAGGUGGCUCUGUCAAUGAUUUAAUGCUAAAGAACAAGAAGCUUCAGAUUAAGGAGAUUAUAAGAAUUGCUUCAGAUAUAGCUGAAGGGAUUAAAUUCAUGAAUGAUCAUGGUGUUGCAUAUAGAGACCUUAACACACAGAGGAUUCUACUGGAUCGGCAUGGGAAUGCUUGCUUAGGGGACAUGGGUAUAGUCACUGCUUGCAAAAGUAUGGGUGAGGCAAUGGAGUAUGAAACAGAUGGCUAUCGUUGGCUAGCCCCGGAGAUCAUUGCCGGUGAUCCAGAGAGUGUCAGUGAGACAUGGAUGAGUAAUGUAUAUAGUUUUGGGAUGGUGAUCUGGGAAAUGGUGACUGGUGAGGCUGCAUAUGCAGCAUGUUCACCUGUGCAGGCUGCUGUUGGAAUAGCUGCUUGCGGCCUAAGACCGGAUAUUCCUGAUGACUGCCCGCAAAUCCUGAAAUCUCUGAUGACCAAGUGCUGGAAUAAUUACCCAUCAAAGCGUCCUCAGUUCUCUGAAAUUUUAUCGAUUUUAUCACGGUUCAGCAACAACAGUACUAGGUAAAAAGUUAAAUGUAGUUUGAUUAAUAUAAUUGAAUUUUGUGUAAAGAAGGUACCUUAAUUAGGUGCUGUCAUGCAUAAAUGUAGAUUUUUGGAAGUUAAUAUUAGCAGAAAUGUUUAUCCUCGGUCAAUGAAAGAGUGAAUAAUGUGUCUUGAUUUGAA